AUGAUACCAAGAGAAGAGGAGAAAAUGAUUGGAGCUGCCCGCCAGGAUCCUGACCCGUAUGCUCUUUUGCUUCUAGGACAGCCCUCCCAGCCUCCCAACAGCAGCUGGCCCCCAAGCCAGAAUGGGAGUAAUGCCAAGACCACCCUGGUUGCAAACCUCACCUUCUCCUCCUACUACCAGCACUCCUCGCCAGUGGCAGCCAUGUUCAUUGUGGCCUAUGUGUUUAUCUUUCUCCUGUGCAUGGUGGGCAACGCCCUGGUCUGCUUCAUCGUGCUCACGAACCGGCACAUGCGCACCGUCACCAACAUGUUCAUCCUCAACCUGGCGGUCAGCGACCUCCUGGUGGGCAUCUUCUGCAUGCCCACCACUCUCGUGGACAACCUCAUCACUGGGUGGCCCUUUGACAACGCCACGUGCAAGAUGAGCGGCUUGGUGCAGGGCAUGUCUGUGUCGGCUUCCGUGUUCACGCUGGUGGCCAUUGCUGUGGAAAGGUUCCGCUGCAUCGUGCACCCGUUCCGUGAGAAGCUGACUCCGCGCAAGGCGCUGGUCACCAUCGCGGUCAUCUGGGCCCUGGCCCUGCUCAUCAUGUGCCCCUCGGCCAUCACGCUGACCGUCACGCGCGAGGAGCACCACUUCAUGGUGGACGCCCGCAACCGCUCCUACCCGCUCUACUCGUGCUGGGAGGCUUGGCCGGAGAAGGGCAUGCGCCGGGUCUACACCACCGUGCUCUUCUCGCACAUCUACGUGGCGCCCCUAGCGCUCAUCGUGCUCAUGUACGCGCGCAUCGCCCGCAAGCUCUGCAAGGCCCCAGGGCCCGCGCGGGCGGGCGGGGAGGCGGCGGCGCCAGAGGCUGGGAUCACCAGGAGCCUGCGCCAGUGCCUGUAUGGCCAUCUCCAGCUGUCCCCAGAAGGGCCCGAGAAGUACACCUGCCUCACCUUCAAGAAAUGA